AUCUCUGACCGCUCUCCGCCGCCGAGGCGUCGCGGGCGUUGGAGCCGCAGGGAGGAGCCGGAGCUGCCGGGCCGGCCAGGGGCCGCCUUUCCCGACCCCCGACAUGGCGGCUAGUGAUACAGAGCGAGAGGCAAUAGCCCCAGAGAAAUCAUCUCCUGAUAGAGAAAAGAAAAAAGAUGCAUCUAAUUCUCCUAGAACUUCAAAACAUCAUUAUUCAAGGUCACGUUCACGAUCAAGAGAGAGAAAACGAAAGUCAGAUAAUGACGGGAAAAAGUACAGAAGUCGGAGCAGAAGCAAAGAGAACCAACUUCUUCUUAAAACAGGCAAGAAGACAUGGGUCCAAAGAGAAGUCCUCGAAGAAGCACAAAUUUGAAGACCAUAACGACAAAGAACACUCUUCUGAUAAAGGAAGAGAGAGCCUGGGCACUUCAGAAAAUGGUGAGGAACGGCAUAAGCGCAAGGAGAGGAAAUCCUCAAGGGGACGAAGUCAUUCAAGAUCUAGGUCUCGUGAAAGGCGUCACCGUAGUAGAAGCCGUGAUAGAAAAAAGUCACGAUCUCGAAGCCGAGAUAAAAAGCGACGUGUAAGAUCACGUUCUAGAUCAAGAUCUAGACACAGGCAUCGGAGCAGGAGCAGAAGCAGAACUAGGAGCAGGAGCAGAGAAAGAAAGAAGAGACCUGAAAAGCCCAGAAGAUUCAGUAGAAGUCACAGCCGAACUCCAAGUCCACCUCCUUUUAGGGGACGGAACACAGCAAUGGAUGCACAGGAAGCAUUAGCUAGAAGAUUGGAAAGAGCAAAAAAACUGCAAGAACAGAGAGAGAAAGAACUGGUUGAAAAACAGAAGCAACAAGAAAUGGCUGCUGCGGCUGCUGCCACCGGCACUUCUGUCAUCAAUGUUGCAGCUCUUCUGGCCUCUGGAACACAAGUCACUCCUCAGAUAGCUAUGGCAGCUCAAAUGGCAGCCCUGCAAGCAAAGGCCCUGGCAGAGACAGGAAUAGCUGUUCCAAGCUAUUAUAAUCCAGCAGCAGUAAAUCCCAUGAAGUUUGCUGAACAGGAGAAGAAGCGGAAAAUGCUGUGGCAAGGCAAAAAAGAAGGGGAUAAAUCACAAUCUGCAGAAAUCUGGGAGAAACUGAACUUUGGAAACAAGGACCAAAAUGUCAAAUUUAGAAAAUUAAUGGGUAUUAAGAGUGAAGAGGAAGCUGGUGGUAGUAGUUCGGUGGAUGAAGAAAGUUACAAGACUUUGAAACAGCAGGAAGAAGUAUUCAGAAAUCUAGAUGCACAAUAUGAAAUGGCAAGGUCACAAACACACACCCAAAGAGGGAUGGGAUUGGGAUUCACAUCUUCGAUGCGAGGAAUGGAUGCUGUUUGAAAGAACGUGAUCUUAAAGCCUGGGACUUUGUCAAAGAUGAUUGUUCAGAUAUUGGGUCCUUGUUCACCAAAGGCUAGCAUUCUAGCUUGCAUGGGGUGUUGCAUUGACUUUAAUUUAUUGACAUUACAAUUUUUGUAAAUAUCAGAUCAGUGAUAACUGGUGUUCCAUGUUGUAAUCAGGUUAUACUCACUUCCAUUAUACUUGACAGAGCUGUAGGAGGACAUUUUUAGUUCUGUAUUUCAAAACAGAACAGGUGAGGAUAAACUCAUACAUGGAUAUUUUGUGUCCACUGUCUUGUGUACUUUUGUACUUUAACCUUGUACAGUUAUUUUCAACUCUUGAAACAUAAAACACAUUGUGUAGGUGUUACUCUAGCAGACUGGGCCAGUGGGUGCAUAAUGCAGUGCAAAAACCUGGUUAAUAAAAAUGUUUUUUCUCAAAUA